AUGGCUUCCUCCACCUCCGACCUCAAACUCGCCCAACCCCUCACCCUCCCCAAUGGCCUCACCCUCCCCAACCGCCUCGUCAAAGCCGCCAUGGCCGAACAAAUGGGCUUCGGCAACCACCUCCCCAACCCCGAACUCUCCGCCGUCUACGCCACCUGGGCCCGCGGCGACUGGGGCCUGAUCCUCACCGGCAAUGUCCAAGUCGACCACGCGCACAAGGGCGACGCCCACGACAUCAGCCCCAACCACCCCGGCACCACGCCCGAGCAGACCGUUACGGCCUUCAAGGCCUGGGCGGACGCUGCGCGCCUGAACGGACAGUCCAAGACGCCUGUGGUCGUGCAGAUCAACCACCCUGGUCGCCAGAGUCCGAUGGGCGCGGGCACGAGGGGACUGUUGGAGAAGGCGGUGGCGCCCUCGCCGGUGCCGUUGGUGUUGGGAGAGGGAUUCGUGCCUCGCUUGUUGUCGAAAGUGCUCUUCGGCACGCCGCGGGAGUUGACGGUUGCUGAGAUCAAGGAUAUCGUGCAAAAGUUUGCGGUGACUGCGAGGAUCACGGCCGAGGCCGGGUUCAAUGGCGUGGAGAUCCAUGCGGCGCAUGGAUACCUUUUGGCGCAGUUCCUGAGCAAGAAGACGAACAGGCGCGGGGAUGAGUAUGGUGGGUCGGCUGAGAACAGGGCGAGGAUUGUCGGGGAGAUUAUCAAGGAGUGCAGGAGGCAGGUGGCUGAGGCUGUGGGUGAAGAGGAGGCGAAGAAGUUUGUGGUGGGAAUCAAGUUGAACAGUGCGGAUUGGCAGGCGGGACGCGAUGGAAAGGAGGAGGAGACGGAUACGGCGGAGGAGGUGUUGAAGCAGAUUGAGCUUUUCGAGCAGUGGGGGAUCGACUUUGUGGAGGUUAGCGGUGGCAGUUAUGAGGAUCCUCAGAUGGCCAACGGCCCCAAGCCCGAAAAGUCCGAACGCACCAAGGCCCGCGAGGCCUUCUUCCUCGAGUUCGCCAAGAUCAUCCGCACCAAGUUCCCCAAGCUUCCUCUCAUGGUCACCGGUGGCUUCCGCACUCGUCAGGGCAUGGAGGCCGCUUUGGAAGCCGAUGAUUGCGACAUGAUCGGUAUCGGACGCCCGGCCAUCAUCAACCCUUCGCUUCCCGCCAACUUGAUCCUCAACCCGGAGGUGCCGGAUGCGGAUGCCCGCUUGUUCGACAAGAAGAGGGCUGAGCCGCACUGGAUCGUUGAGAAGUUGGGCAUGAAAUCCAUUGUUGGUGCUGGUGCUGAAGUUACGUGGUAUGUGAGCGAGCUCAAGAAGCUGGCCAAGUUUUAG